AUGGAAUUUAAAGUUGAAAUUAAGGAACAUUUUGUUGAAUGUAACCAAAAAAACAUAGAGAGCAAGCCAUCCACAUCCAUAGGUCUGAAAAACUUCCAAAAAGAACUAGAAGAUGACUCAGAAAUGGAAUCAAAAGCUAAAAUUAAGGAAGAGUUUGCUGAAGGUUGUCAAGGAUAUAAUUUUUUAGAGAGUCAGCUAUUUACAUCCCCAGAUGAAGACUUGAUUAAUAAGGCAGAUGAAGAUAACUCAGGUAAUGAAAUAAAUAAUCUUAUUUCCAAUCCUAUGAUUAAACCUGGAGAAACUGAAAAAGAGGACAGGAUUGAGUUAGUUAUCUCCCAAGAUCAUUGUUAUGCUCGAUCAACGAGAUGUAUGGAGCAAGAAAACUACAGAGACUAUGCAGAAAGUAUGUUGAAAGUAUGUAUGGUUUGUGGUGAUUGUAUCAAAUAG